GUAUUCUCUCCAGUGCUGGUGUCUGUUAUCGCACUGUGUUUUUGAGGAUGCUGCCUCGCUGACGGUCUGUUUUCAUUCAUGGAUGACACAUGGAUGUUGUGAUGCUUCGGGAUCAUCUUCCUCAUCAUCUUCUUCUUCUUCUUGAUCCAGUAUGUCUCCAGGAUCUUCUUGUUGUUGAUCCAGCAUGUCUCCAGCGGCUCCGGUUACCGAGAGCAGUGCCGCUGAAGUGCACCGCGAGCAGACGGAGGCGCCGCGGGAACCGCAGCGGCCCCUGAAGCAGUCCCUGAGCAAGUCCCUGUGUCGCGAGUCGCACUGGAAAUGUCUGCUUCUGUCUCUGCUGAUGUACUGCUGUGUGAUCGCGAUGACCUGGUGCCAAGUCACGAAAGUCACGCGUCUCAGCUUCGACAGCACUUUCAAGGUGAAGUCCAUGAUAUACCACGACAGUCCCUGCUCCAACGGCUACAUCUACAUCCCGGUGGCCUUUCUCGUCAUGCUCUACGCGGUUUACCUCGUCGAAUGUUGGCAGUGUUACUCACGCAACGAACUUCUUAAAGUGGACCUGGAGAGCGUCACCGAACGCGUGCAGCGCAUGCAACAAGCUACGCCAUGCAUCUGGUGGAAGGCUAUUAGUUAUCAUUACAUACGACGGACGAGACAAGUGACGCGCUACCGAAAUGGAGAUGCGUACACAAGCACGCAAGUUUACCAUGAACGCGUGAACACGCACGUCGCUGAAGCGGAGUUCGAUUACGGAAACUGCGGUGUGAAGGACAUUUCGAAACACCUCGCCGGUCUGGACGGCGUCCCGGUGACCAAGCUACGCUUCACAAAGUGCUUUAGCUUCGCCAACGUCGAAUCCGAGAACUCCUACCUAACGCAACGAGCUCGCUUUUUCACCGAGAACGAAGGAUUGGACGAUUACAUGGAGGCGCGUGAAGGGAUGCAUCUUAAAAAUGUCGAAUUUAAGGAGUACAUGAUUGCGUUUGCUGACCCGGAUCGUCUUCCUUGGUAUGCGUCAACAUGUAGCUUUUGGUUGGCGGCAGCGUUUACGUUAUCGUGGCCGUUGAGGGUGUUGACGGAGUAUCGUACGGCGUAUCUUCAUUAUCACGUGGAGAAGCUUUUUGGGUUUGAUUAUGUCUCAGUUACGCCGUUGGACCACGAGCGGCCAUUUUGUCGACACAUCCCACGUGUGAACACUAUCGAUAGCACAGAGCUCGAGUGGCAUAUUCGCUCAAACCAACAGCUAGUUCCUAGUUACUCUGAAGCAGUGCUAAUGGAUUUAACGCAACAGUCAAGUUGCAACACGUUUUCGGCUCGCGGGAUUGGUGCGGCGGGCGGAAAUGGAUUUGGUGGAUACCGACAAAACUGCGAGCGAUGUCAUCGCUCCAUCAGCAGCUCGUCAAUAUUCUCGCGCAGCGCGUUGAGCAUCUGCAAUAGUAGCAAUCCACGAUUAGCAUUUAGCAACAGCCGGUUCUCCCUAGGCCGUUUGUAUGGCUCGCGGCGCAGCUGUCUGUGGCGAAGUCGCAGUAGCAACCUAAAUGAUCCUGGUUGUCCAACGGAAAGCACAAGAUGUCUAGCCAAUGAAGAGAGCUCGCCUUCUCCACCAGCCUAUCAGGACGCGCUGUAUUUCCCAGUGCUGAUUAUACAUCGUAACGAGGGCUGCAUUACUCACGAUCACCAUUCACUGCAUCGCAACGGGUCCUGUGUGGAGACUUCGUUAUAG